UAUAAUUUUAGAAUUGUUUGUAAAUUUGCUGCCACGGACUUUUAAUGAUUGUAUUAGUCUUGCAAAUUAUCAAUUUGUAUUCUCUUGAAAAGAACCAAAUCCCAUGGUCGAAACGUCAUAAUUAUUUAACUUAUAAUAAAGGAACUUUAACCAGUCAAUCGACUACAUAGUUGUCUUUCUUUGAGUUUGAAAGUAUUUGCGACUUUUUUACAUUUUACAGAACAUUUAGUAUUUUCUAGAAAAGUAGAAAAAGUCGUAGAAAAGUUUGAAAAUGUAAACAGACAAGAUAAAACUUAAAAAACCAGUCUAUCUUUUAGAUUUCAUUUUGAAAGUAUUCUAUUUGUAAAUUACAUAAAAUUAAAAUUUAAUAUUUUUUUAAUAAUUUCUUUUACUUUAAAACAUUGUAAAUUAGUAAAAAUAUCACACAAAAGUAACUUAACCCGGGAAAAAAUACUUCUUAUAUGCUCGUAUAUGCUCAUAUUAGAAGUAAUUUUAUACGCUCAUAUAUGGAUUUUGUCCGCAAAAACUCAUAUAUGGUCAUAUAUGUGAUUAUCUAAUCAUAUUCAAGCAUUAUAUAUAUUUAAAUAAGUUUAUAUUUGGAGGUAUAGUAUUGUGAUCUGAACAUAUAUAACUCCAUAAGUUUGUAUGUAAUUAUAUAUAAUUUUAGUUUUAUUUUCUCAAUUUUUGGAAGCUCUCUUUAAGUUGUAGAGACUCACGAUGUUUCAAAAAACGAGCUACAUUUUUCUAAAAUGCAAAGAUUUAAAAAAAAUAUUUUUUAUAUUUCAUAUUGAAAAAAUUUUUUAUUGAACCCUUAUACCAUUUAUUGGAAGUUUCGUGCUAUGUCAGUACUCCGGGUCCUCGAGUAACCAUCGUGGAAUUUAAUUCGCACUUUACAGAUAAUAAACGGUUCUCUAUUAUUCCCUAUCCCUUCAAGAACGUCCUUAAACUUAUUCUCGCAAUAGCCAGCCCGAUGGUCGACGUUUCCCCUCUCUGCUUCCAACAGGUUAAACUAAUUUAGGGCAUCUACGUCAGUUUCGAAACAUCUUUGUAUUUGAGCAGUUUCGUGUUCAAUCUUUAUUCAUCAUUAUAUAUCUUUGAUCUUCACUGUUGUACAAUAUAACUUGUAUUUUUAUUAUAGAAGUUUGUUAAUAACGAUAUAUGAGAAAUGUUAUCUUAAUAUAAAAAAGAAUACGAAGGAAUUUUCGGUAUGACAGUAAGAUUAGUUAUUAAAUAUGUAAAAAUUGUUAGUUUCCAUUGUGUAAUAAAAAAAUCAUGUAUGCGUAUAUUUAUAUUCAUAUUAUAAAUUUUUUAGCUUGAAAUUUAAAUGAAAAAAUUUUACUUUUUUAUUGUUUAUAGCGUAUGUGUGUACAAGCAAGUUGUUUUUUUAAUACUUUAAUAUUUUGAAUGUUUCUUUCCUAUCUUUUUAAUACAAAAUGUAUGUGAGUAUCUGUAUUUAUCCGGGUAAUCCGGGUAUAUAAGAGUUAACAUUUAAGAAUAUUUGCGAUUAAAUUUAAGGUCUCAAAAAAAUUUAUUUAACGUAUUUCGAACGUUAUUCAAUUUUUCAAAAUUUUACAGCACGUUUCAGAUUAUUAUUUAAAAUCAAAUAUAAAUAAAAGAAACAUUUCUCUUUUAGGUCUUUUUUUUGUCUCAGAGAUUCAGGUUACCAUAAAAAAUUUAAGAUUAUUGUUUAAUAUUCAGGAGCAACGGGCGGAUUGUAAAAUAUUCAAAGACAGAGAUUCCUCGAAGAUUCAACGGCAGAUUAGAGGGAAAAAUAGGAUUAUCAAAAAUCGUUUAAGGAUCCAACAAUCGAGGAAUCGCUACAAUGGCUGAAGGAACGUCGGCGGCUGACAAUGAAAUAGUGGAAGAAACCGCGCCCGAUAAGACGCAACCCAUUACAUUACAUAUUCCAUUGCCAUAUGCAAUGUUGCAACGUUGCAGCAAUGUUGCUGCAAACUAUUGUGCUGUAGAGGUCAAGGUCAUUUUGUCAAAGGAUACGCCGGUCAGGGAAGUCAUAAGCAAUAUUAGAAGUCGGCCCAAGAGAAACAUCUUCACCGUGCCGCCAAACGGGUGGCUUAAAGAGAACGGAGAAUAUAGGAAUUUAAUCAGUGUCUCUUUUACACAUUGUCACGUUGAGUGUUGCUGCUCUCAAAAAAUCAUCAAUGGCUGAUUUUCUGUCAAAAUGUCCCAAGGAACAAAACAGUUCUUAUAUUCCAUAAAAGUGACUACAAAAUUAUACAAUUGUUAUAUGGAAAAGAAAGAAGAUCCAGUAAAGCGUCCUAUUAUGGAUAAGAAUGGCAACAGAUUACAUUUCAAUCCUAAACUUCAGAUAUGUGAUUGGCCGUGGCAAGCAGGAUGUCAGAUAUCGUCAUUGACCCCAACAUUCGACGCCAACAACCCCGUCACCAAGUAUUACGACGCCAACCACACCGAUACCGACUACUCCAAAGCCACCAACCCCGUCACCAAAUACCCCAACAACUCCCUCAUUGAAUUCUUGUGUUUUUUUGAUGGCAAAAUACAUUUGCUUCUUCAUAAGAC